AUGGGCCGCAGAAACGCGCUCUUCUGCAAAACAUUUUCCUCUCAGUCCGUUGGAUACACUAGAGGAACCACAGGUGCAAAGAGGGACCGCAGAGGCGGACAAGAUUCUACAGGCGCGCACUCGCAGGUGCGGAGGCAUAGGGGAGUAAUUGGUUUGCACAUAAGCGCUCUUUUUUCCGCACAAGCAGACGUGCAGGUGCGAGCCCAGGCUCCGCAGAGUAACAAUAAUGAAAUUCUGGUAGAGAAGAUACAAGGAAUUCAACUUGAAGUCCAUUUAUGGGGUCCUAAGCAUACACGCACACCAGUAAAGGAGACAUAUCACAACAAGGGAUUACAAUUGAAAGUCCAGGAGGAAAUCAACCCACUACAGGUUGUUGAUAACUCAAGCUUGAGCAGUAUUAGGGGCAAUAGUCCAAACAUGGUUGGAGACAGCUUUGAGCAGAGGCAAGUGAGUGAAGAUGAGGAAAAUGAAGAAUAUGCAGAAUGUAACUCUACUGAUGAAGAAGAAUUGCUUAGAACAUUUGCUCCUAGGACUUCAUGGCACCAACCAGAUCCAGAUGAUGAAAAAAAUGAUGAAGAGCACCCUAAAUAUUUUAGGUUCCUGGACUUCUGGAUUGAACAAAUUGGUUUCAACGAUAUUGUCAAAGAAGCAUGGAGUACACACUUUGAAGGCAAUGCUUUAUGGAAAGUGCAACAAAAGCUAAAAACUGUCAACAAAUCAUUGAGCCAAUGGUCUAAGAAUGUUCUUAGAGAUAUAUUUGAUAUUGCUAAAGUACUGGAAAAGAAGAUUGAAGAAGAAGAUAAUAAACUUCAACAGGAUGACAAUGAGAAUUCUAGAAUGCAUUUGAACAAGCUGAAGGCUGAAUAUAUACUACAUAUAAAGAAGGUUAACUCAUAUUGGAAACAAAAAGUGCACCUCAAGUGGAAUCUGGAUGGAGACACCAACUCUAGAUACUUCCAUAAGCUCAUCAAGGGAAGAAGAAAGAGACUUUUCCUCCACAGAAUUAAGGGAGAAGACAAUCAAUGGAUAGAAGGAGAAGAAGACAUUUCAGAAGCUGCCAUAGAAUACUAUGAGAAGUGUUUUUCUCAAGAAGUUCAAAGGAUUGACCUUCAGUUUAUUGAUCUUAUUCCAAAAAUGAUAACUGAAGAGGACAAUAAUAGUCUGAUAAAUAUGCCAUCAAAAGAAGAAGUCAAACAAGUUAUUUUUGAUAUUGAUCGAGGAAGCACAGGAGGUCCCGAUGGUUUCAAUGGUAGGUUUUUCCAACAAACCUGGGACAUCAUAGAGGAAGAUAUUUACAAUAUGGUAUUGGAAGUGAUGAAUGGAAGGGAACUUAGCAAAUUUAUCACUCACACAUGCCUUGUUUUGAUUCCUAAAGUAGAAAAUCCUCAAUCAUUCUUUGAACUCAGACCCAUCAGCCUUAGCAAUGUAACCCAAACGAUUAUCACCAAAUUGCUGAAUAACAAAUUUUCUAGGCUAUUGCCUAAGAUUAUUUCUCCUAAUCAAAGUGAAUUCAUCAAGGGUAGAGCAAUUAGAGAGAAUGUUCUUCUGGCACAAGAUAUUAUUAGUAGUAUUAAUCAAAAGAAUACAGGGAAUAAUGUAGUCAUCAAACUAGAUAUGAACAAGGCUUAUGAUAGAAUAUCAUGGACGUUUCUUUGUGGGGUUCUGAGGAAAAUGGGAUUCGCAGAACAAUGGAUACACACUGUGUGGAACCUUAUAUCCAAUGUAUGGUACUCUAUCCUUAUUAAUGAUAAAAGGGAAGGUUUCUUCAAAUCAGCUAGGGGUUUGAAGCAAGGAGACUCUUUAUCCCCUUCUCUGUUUAUUAUAACAAUUGAGGCUCUUUCUAAAGCAUUAAACAAUCUACAUGAAAAUUCUGAUUUUUCAGGAUUUACCAUGAAUAAGAAGGGACCUCAAAUAAAUCAUCUCGCCUAUACAGAUGAUUUGAUUAUUUUCACCUCAGGUAAUACAAAAUCUCUUAGACUCAUCAAGCACAUGCUAGCAGAGUAUGAGAAAGCUUCAGGCCAACAGGGGCAACUUUUGUCUCCAGGAGGCAAAGCUAUUCUUAUCAAGCAUGUAUUGUCUUCCAUUUCUAUGCACUUGUUAUCCAUUUGUCAACCUCCUAAAACUAUGCUUAAGAUGUUGGAGAGAUUCUUCGCUAAUUUCUUCUGGGGUCAAGCAGAUGGAAGCAAGAAAUAUCAUUGGGCCUCUUGGAGAAAGUUAUGCUACCCUACCGAAGAAGGAGGAAUGGGUUUUAGAAAUUUGAGUGACACCACCAAGGCCUUCACAGCCAAAAUCUGGUGGCUUUUCAGAACUAAUAAAUCUUUAUGGGUUUCAUUCUUAUUGACUAAGUAUUGCAGUAUAAUUCAUCUUGUCCCUAGGAAAUGA